AUGGCCGAAGAACAGAACCCCCCCGUUGUCAACGCCGAGGCUGAGAAGGAUGUCCAGAAUGUGCUCGCUGAGCUGAAGGAGGGUGGCGCUGCCGAGCAGCCCGCUCAGGAUGAGGAAGAAGCCCGCAUUAUCGCCGCAGCUGCUAAGCUCGGCGAGAAGUCUGAGAAGGCUGAGGAAAAGGCCACUGAGCCCGAGACCGAGAAGCGCGAGUUCCGCAGCUUCCAGCGCGAUGGCCGCAAUGGCCCUCGCAAGAACAACGCCAAGUUCGACCCCUCCAACCAGGAGGUUACCGACGACCCUGAGGAGAUCCGCAAGCAGGUCGAAUUCUACUUCUCCGACUCUAACCUCCCCAUGGACAAGUUCCUUCUCUCCAAGGUUGGCGGCAGCGCUAACAACGCCGUCCCCCUUGAGCUCCUCCACUCUUUCAAGCGCAUGCGCCGCUUCCAACCCUUCAGCGCGAUCGUCGAGGCUCUUAAGACCGCUGAGAAGGUCGAGCUGACCGAUAACGACACUGCCGUCAAGCGCAAGGUCCCUCUUCCCGAGUCCGUGAACGACCACGACUCCAAGUCUGUCAAGGUCUUCGAGGAUGCCUCCAUGGCCCGCUCCAUCUACGUUAAGGGCUUCGGCUUCGGUGAAGAAGAGGCCACUACCCAGCUCGACAUUGAGGCCCUCUUCGCCCCCUUCGGUCCCACAAACGCCAUCCGUUUGCGCCGCACCAUCGACAAGACCUUCAAGGGCAGCAUCUUUGUUGAGUUUGCCUCCGAGGAGCUGCAGAAGACUUUCCUUGCCCUGGAGAAGAAGCCCCAGUGGAAGGACCAGGACUUGACCUACAAGAGCAAGAAGGAGUACUGCGAUGAGAAGGUCGAGGAGAUCAAGAACGGCAAGGUCUUCCCCUCCAACGCCCGCAACAGUGGUGGUCGCGGCGGCCGUGGCGGCCGUGGUGGCCGUGGUGGUCGCGGUGGACGUGGACGUGGUGGUGGCCGUGGCCGUGGUGGCCGUGACGGCCGUGACCGCAAUGACCGUGACUGGCGCGAGCGUCGCACUGAGGACCAGCAAAAUGGUGCUCAAGCUCCUCGUGAGGCCCAGAAGGAUUCUCGCGGUGUCCCCGUUGUGCAGAGCACCCAGAAGCGCUCCCGCGAGGAUGAGGGUGCCAACGGUGGCGACCACCCCGCCAAGAAGGUGGAUGCCAAGGAGUAA